AUGUCUUCAACAACCAAAGCAAUCCCAGUUACAUUAAAAGACCCAAGAAAUGAUAUUAACUUUUCAACUUCAAUUGGUGGAACCAUAUAUGGUACUACUCCAGGUGGUACAAAAAUAGUAUAUGAUCGUAAUACCUUAUUACAAUACCGUAAUUCACCACUUUCAAAAACUCCACCACCACAAUUAGCCCACAUUCUCGAUACUGAAAAGAACAAAUCUAAAAUCAACGAAAUUAAAACACAACCACAAAAACCAGCUCCACAAACUGCCCAACCAAAACCAGCAAACGAUGAUGAAAUGUUCCAAAUGGAAUAA